AUACAGACAAGGCAACCCCAUUUGCAGAAACUUGUCUAGAAAUAUUUCUUAGAAACAAGAGAAAGGAAUAGAGUAAAAUUUCAAAGAAUUGAGAAAGUAAGAGAAAGUUAGUUAGCUUUCAUAUAUAAAAGUAAUGAUGGGGAGACCACCUUGCUGUGACAAAGUUGGUGUUAAGAAAGGUCCUUGGACUCCAGAAGAGGAUAUAGUUUUGGUAUCUUACAUUCAAGAACAUGGACCUGGGAAUUGGAGAUCUGUUCCCAAUAGUACAGGUUUGAUGAGAUGUAGUAAAAGUUGCAGACUGAGAUGGACGAAUUACCUUAGACCAGGUAUCAAACGAGGUAAUUUCAAUGAUCAUGAAGAAAAGAUGAUAAUCCAUCUUCAAGCACUUUUGGGAAACAGGUGGGCUGCCAUAGCUUCCUAUCUUCCACAAAGGACAGACAAUGACAUAAAAAACUACUGGAACACACAUUUGAAGAAAAAGCUAAAGAACAUCCAAACAGGGAAUAACAAUAACAACAAUGAAGAAGAAGGAAACUCUUCUUCUCCACAGGUAAAAGGCCAAUGGGAAAGAAGGCUUCAAACAGAUAUCCAUACAGCAAAACAAGCUUUAUGCGAAGCACUUUCUCUUGACAAAUCAUCAUCAACGCCUCUUUUACCCGAAGCCGAAACCACAACACCGUUCCCUUACGCAUCCAACACUGAAAACAUUGCUAAAUUGCUCGAAAAGUGGAUGAAAAAACCUACAGGUUCAAGCUCUAGUGAAGGUGCAAAGAGUAAUGUUGCAUGCAUGCAAAAAGAUCAAGCAGGUUUUGACUCUUUGUUGAGCUUUAACUCGUUUAAUUCUGAUUGUUCUCAAUCUGUGGUUGAAGAAAACAACAAUUUGACAAUGGAUUCUUGCUUCUAUCAAUAUGAAAAUAAGCCAAACCAGGAAACUCAAGUUCCUCUCAUGUUCUUGGAAAAAUGGCUUUUUGAUGAUGGAGCUGCUCAGUGCAAUGAAGAUAUAAUGAACAUGUCAUUGCAGGAAAAUACAUCAGGGUUGUUUUAGUAAAUAACUCUUUAAAUAAUAUAUAUUAUACUAAAUAUGAUAUAAGAGGUUGAUUCUAUUAAAAUUAUGGUAGAAGAAAAAUUGAAUUACAUACCAACAAGAUAAUUAGACACACAAAAAAUAAUAUGAUUUAAAUUUUGUUGCAAGGAUAAAGAACUAGAGACUUUGAAAGGAAAAAAUAUUUUCAAUUUUUUCGUCUCUAGUUUUUUUAUUUCAGUAAUACAAUUUUAUCUUUUAAUUUUUCUUUCUUGAUUUGUGUGAUAUAGAUAUUGUUCAUGAAAGUAUGGGACAAUAGUUCUAAUUAGGAAUGUAACUCACAAGUCAAACAAACAAGUGUAUAUUAUAAUUAAGUACAUGUAUAUCGUUGCUUAUGUUAUAUACCAAAAGAUUACUGGAGUUAAGUAUUUUUGAGUUAAUAGUUAUUUUUCUAUGUUAUAUGAGUCACAUUCGAAA